AUUAAGCUAAAAAGUGCAGAGCAGAGUGGCCGGCCGGCCUACGUGCAUUUCCAGCUAGCUAGCGACCUUGCCAGCGCUCUUUUUGUACUCGUCUUCUCUUCUCAAUUUCAGCAAAAUUUUUGGUCUGAAAAUUACGAGUUCAUGCACCAAUGCUACUUGCAAAAUCAAUACAUUUUAACCACUAAACUAUAAUGAGAAUAAAUAACAAACUAUUCACAAGAAAUGUACAAAAAUGAUCGGAAUUUUGGCUCACCAAAGACUCGUCCAACCCCAUUUUUGCAGAUACCGAAAGACGGGGUCAAAGUUGAAGGAAAGUUGAAAAGUAGAUUGAAUACAUUAUCUAAAUAAAUAUUCAUAGCGUCUGGAAAAACACAGAAUGGCUCUUCAAUUUUUGAUAAGUAGAAAUUUAUUUCCUAUCAAUCAAUUUUAUCUCUUAUAAAUAUAUUUAGGGUAAGUAACAGCUAGAAAAAAAGAGAUAUCUAAGCACAAAAUAUCCGAAUAAAUGGAAUUUAUAGGUUUGCGUUUAUUAUGAAUAUUCAUGACUGGAGAACAUUUUCAAGAUGGACGACAUACAGUUGAAUGCGGCGAAGAUUAUUGCUGCACAGAAGAAACGGAAUAACCGGGCCAGGUCUCCUGAAUCAGAAAGCAACUGGGACAGCUCGGAACCUGAGGAUACGCUGCCGAACGUCAGCUCAGAAGAGGAAGUCAGCGUGGUGUCUAGUCGCAGUAGGGGAAAGGACAAGAGUCACAUACCACAAGCACCAAGACAAGACAGCAAGUCUACCAGAUCCCAGUUCCAGCCACACAAACCAGCAAAGUCCAAUCGACUCGCAGUGAACGGGGAACAGUUUUCAAACAAAUCGUCACCGGUCUCUAGCAUCCGAAGUGGAAAGGUGACAAAGGCUGGUGUGAAUGUGUUCAUUGACCACGGUACUGGGGAUUCUUCAGAUGAGGAUGUCUCCGUCGCCAGCAGGAAAUCGGCUCCGCGAAAGGAAGAGCGCCCUCCCUACGAUUUCAGAAAAGCACUCGAUGAUGCUCCAAGAAAUGAGGACCGAGCGUCAGAUCGACCUGGGAAAAGUAGAAAAGGAAAAAUCUAUGAUCCAAUGCCUCCAUCAGGCCACAGUCCUCGAUCAGACCAAACGCAACUCAUUGUGGACGCCCCUGACCGUAGGAAAGCCACAAAGAACAAAUGGAAGGUGAACCAGGGAUUUCAAGAAGACACGGAACAUCCAGCCACGACGACAGACAACAACAACCUUGGAGAGUUGUCACCAAGGGAUGCUACCAUGACAACAAUGAUGUCGACCACUGCAUCAGACGUCCGACUGACGCAGAUGGAGAAGAGCAUGAUGGGAAGGGUUGAGGACGAGGUCGACGUCAGAAGAUACGAUGAGCCAAGGAUGCAAGGGUCACACUUACUUGUCCAAGAGAACACCCAUAGGUAUAUAUACCACUACCAACAUGGCAACACAAAGUACUACGACACCCGUCCAGUCAGGAAUGAUGUGUAUAUGACAGGCAUAGCUGACAAGUCGGAGAAACUUGUCCGUCGCGGUGUGCAGGAGUUCUUUGCCGCUCUACGCAUCAUCGUUGACUUUCUACUCAUAGUGAUACUCGAGCUUCUACGUUUCCUGGCCUAUAACGUCCUCGGUUUGCUCUUCGUCGGACUUCUGACCACGUUUGGCGAUUAUUUUUUCAAGCCUGUCCUGGCGGCCUUGUUCAACAGUAUCCUUCAGCCCCUGGCAGUGUUUCUGUACAACACUGGUGUUGCGCUGAAGACAGUAUUUGAUCCCUUGAUCGAGAUUAUACGGGGAUUGUUCAUACAAGUUGCAAUGCUGCUGAGAGCGUUAAGGUUGGUGGAGGUAAAUUGGAGGGCGGGGCCUCGAGAUUUAAGGGGCGUCGAGGAGGUUUAACCCUCACCCUCCAAUUAGUUUCUUAAAAAUCUGGUUCGAGAUUUUAGAGUUCUUUAACCAAGAAAAGAAAAAAGGUACGCGAAGGGCGGGGAGAAAGUUCAACACGUUUAACAGUUGUAACCAUCACAAAAAUGGUAGUAAUGUACUAAUGUAGGUUAAGGCUCCUAUUUUAUGCACACAAUCGUUAUGUACCUGUAUUGUAAAACACACAUGUGCAUGGCGCCCAGUUGGGGCGUCAUGGAUGAAUGGGCAUGCCAUCGCGACGCAUAAUACAAGGUACGGAUAAUACAAGGCUGUUUUAAUAGUCCGCUGGAGCUCGUAUUAACAGUCCUAGACUGCACCACCACGAGAAUAAACAUUGUAAAUAUGCAAAUCAAAUGACAUUCAAAUACAGAGGUAAGUGUUCUAAGCACACAGGUUCAUGUAGCGCUACACGCCCAGCACAUUAUAACAUGGGGAUGAGAGAGAGGGGGAAGUCAAUGUGCUGUCGAAAUACAGGGGUGUCGGAACAAAUCUGCAUAACAAUAGAGACAUGUGUGAGGUCAACUUACCCUUGGCCACAAGUUUUCUUGGCCCUGGCCCUCUAGGUCAUGCAUUCCGCUUUGCAAUUUAAUGCAGCCACUAGCUAGGAUGAUCCUAGUGUUAUGUUUAAAGCGCUAUCUGUAAUGCUAGGGAGUGCUGUACAUCCAAUGGUUACAGUGUUCAACUCACAUGCCGUGGUACGUCAGUUCAUACCCUGACAGGGAACGUUGUGCUUGUGUUCUUGGGAAAGACACUUUCACUACAAUUGCCUCUCUCCACCCAGGAGUAGAAAUGGGUACCUGUGUAGGGGGCGUGCAUUCCGCAUGCCCCCCCCCCCCCCCCCCCCUUGGCUAGUGAUAAGAAUAAAGGGGUUGUAGGGAUUAACAAAGAUCCGUGACACGAAUCUUUUCAUUACACACAAAUUCUUUCCACUACUUGUGCUUUUACGUUUGUAGUUUGAAACAGGGUGUGGUAUCGUUAAGUAUAUAUAGCUGUAACAUCAGAAAUUAUAUUUUAAAGACAUUUUCACACAUUUUGUUUAUGUUUCACGUAGAUGUUGUUUGUAUUGUGUAAUAAUUGAUCUUAUUUCAAUAGAUUCUUGAAUGCAAGUUUGUGUGAUCAUAUAACAGUUACUAUACAUUUAAAGAUAUCAAUGCUGAAGUUUUUCAUCUGUUUAUCUCUUUUAUACUUUCACAGUAAAUAAGCAAUGUUUUGUUUUAGUAAGCUUAAAAAGAAAAUAUCUGGGGCUGAAUAGGUGUAUUUUUCUCAGUCGAAGAGUCUAAUUGAGUCACAUAAUUUCAUAUGGAACUAUUGUAUUAAAAAGUUGGACUUAUAAGUAGAAUGUACACUAUUUGGUUCUCUGUGGCCAGGUCUUAGGAUUUUUUAUUGAUUUAAAUUCUUUUUUCAAAGGAACCACAUAGGAAUAUUAUAUUUUUUUUAAGAAAGAAGGAUUCAAUCCUUUUGAACAAAGAAAUUGACUGGAGCGGGUUUUGCACCCGCGACCUCGGGAUUGCCGUUCCGGUGCUCUACUGAGGAUAUUGAGAAUUUGGGAAAUGCCAUCAUAGGGCUGGAUAGCUCGGUUGGUAGAGCGCCGGAACGGAAUCCGGAGGUCACAGGUUCAAAUCCCGCUCCAGUCAAUUUCUUUGUUCAACCUUAACUUUUUUUUUUUAACUACGAGGCCCUAUUCAUUGGGGUGAGGUUUCCAACCCCACAAAGUUUGUUAUUUUUUUCUAAUAUUUUUUUAAUUUUAAAAGUGGUCGCAGAAACUUGGAACAAACCUCACUUAUUUUUGACAGAUUAACUUAAUCCCAUUUUAUAUUGCACCCUAAAAUUUCUCUCAAGUUUCACAACUUGAAUACUUUUUACCAAGCAAAGCUUGAAAUGUUUGGAAAUUUACUGUUGACUAACUUUUCAAAGUUUCUGGUAAUUCCUGAAUUUUCCCUGAAUCCAAAAAAAAAAAAUCCCAAUUUUUUUUAAAUACAACAUUUUUUUCUGAAUAUCACGUCCUGUGUUUUUUUUUCAAACCCCGCUUCGCCCAACCACAAAUCUAAACAAUAAAAUGUUCUAAGCUUAUACCGUUAAAAGUUGAUGUUUUGUUAUUAAAGUACCAGUAGCUAGUGAAGUUUCUGUCCGUCCUAGUAAUUAAGUUUAUCACUUCCAGUUGAUAAUUAGCAGCUUGUUAAAGCAGUUGUUUUAUAUUUCUAGUUUCUCAAAGUGAAACUAGUAUUUAUAUAUUAUAAUUAGGUAUAUAAGCAUCGUUUCUGUUUUGUUGUGUGCUAUUCUAAACUUCAAAGGGUACCGGUAUCUCAAGUGUGAAAGGAAGACAAACACACACCUCUAUAUAUUAUUCGAAGAAAAAAAGCUUUAUUUCAUAUUUGUAUUCAUACAAAGUUUAGACACCUCUUUUUGUUCAGAGGACGGUCAUUUGAUUUAUUUGGCCCCUGAAUUUUUUUUUUCAAAAGUUACAUUUCUUCACCUUGAAAAUGCCUCAGGUUUAAAGCUUAAAAAUAAAACACUUUCAAAGUUUGCCUCAUUUGUAUACAAAAUUGUUUUAUAUGUUUUAGACGUUAGGCUGAAACAUUGUUCUUAUCGUUUGUUCACUGUCAAAAGGUUUUGUUAUGAAACAAAAUCUCAGAAUUAAAUAGUUUUAUAUGUAUUCGUGUUGGAAAGUUAUAUUUGUGGCAAUAAAACGAACAAUUAAUGUA